AGGGACAUCUGACCAUGGGGUGGGGGCUAGGGGAUUGCCCACGACCUCUGGAGACAGAGAGCUGGGACUUGAGACUAGUAGGGCACAUCUGGAUUCCCUUCCUCGUAUGUCCUGUAGUGUGUUAAAAGGAAUUAGGGGUGGAGAAAUUUAAACUGUUAAAGUCUGGACCUGAUUUCUCUCUAGGACCAUGUGGUAUGUGGCUCAUUAGCAAAUCGUAAAACACAUAGGCAUAAACCUGUGUUCUUGAGGGUGGUCUAUGUUUAUGAUCCAGCUAGAAACUGUGUCUGGAUCCCAUGUAUCAUCCUUUCUGUUCCGAGGACCCUCUUUGCCUCUUCCUGCACAUCUAUUUAUGGGAGAAAAUGGAGUUUGGGGUUGCAGUUUAGGGACUGAACUAGCCUCAUGAUCAGUCACAAGGCUGGUUUGGGGGAAGCAUUUGGAGAACUUCUUAUGACUGGACUUACAUCAGGAAUUUAACAAUUGAGACAUAAUAUUCAUCAGGCAUCCCACCAUCUGAAAGUUUUAGUAACAAAAGUCACAUGUGAAUUUGUCAGUGCUUAUGGCGUUGGUUCAAGUGCUGUCAUAAAUAACUAGAAGUUCUGUUUUUGAUUACUUUUAGAAUAGGUUUCAUCUGGACUUCGGGCAUUUCCUUCCUCAGCAAAACCACGUUAGUCUGGGAGAGCUAGUCUCCCACCUUGAAGCAGUGACAACUCUUAGCCAACAAGCUUAUAAAUUACAAGUUAUUUUGGAGCCUAUAGCUUCCUUUACAUACUUUUUUCCAGCCUUUUGUGUUUAUCCCCUCAUCCUUGAUGUGAGGAUCAAAUUCAAAAACAUGUUUCAGAGUUGGAGAGAGAGGUAAUAAGAAAGGGACAGGAAAAGGUCAAUCCCCCAAUAUAAUAAUACAUAGGGAUGCGGAAGACCAGGAAUGUGUCCUGUUUAUCCAUCCAAGAGAAGAUAAGCCCCAAUUUGAGUACUGUGUAUUGAAGUCUCUUGUGUCUGCCCUCGAAGUCAUGUGAAACUAAAUAGCUAGUAUUCCACAUGCACACACAGAAAACUGCAAAUCCUGUGCCUCCAUCCCUCCUCCCUCACCCCCCUUCUCUCAGCAUUUCUAUCUCCGCUUCACUCCCCUAUUCAAAUUUUCCAGCCAGCAGCUAGAGCAGACUUCCGCAAUCCUAGUGGAAUAAAUCCAGCACGGCUGGUCACCCGCCCGCAUUGUCCGCAUUCCCUGCUGAAACGAGCCCAGGGACAGAUCCCGGCAGCAGGAUGUGGGGGCUCAAGGUUCUGCUGCUGCCUAUGGUGAGCUUUGCUUUAUAUCCUGAGGAGAUACCAGACGCCCAGUGGGAACUCUGGAAGAAGAUACACAGGAAGCAGUACAACAGUAAGGUGGAUGAAAUUUCUCGGCGUUUAACUUGGGAAAAAAACCUGAAGCUUAUUUCCAUCCAUAACCUUGAGGCCUCUCUUGGUGUCCAUACGUAUGAAUUGGCCAUGAACCACUUGGGGGACAUGACCAGUGAAGAGGUGGUUCAGCAGAUGACUGGACUCAAAGUACCCCUCUCUCAUUCCUGCAAUAAUGACACCCUGUAUAUCCCAGACUGGGAAGGCAGAGCCCCAGACUCUAUUGAUUAUCGAAAGAAGGGAUAUGUUACUCCUGUCAAAAACCAGGGUCAGUGUGGUUCCUGUUGGGCUUUUAGCUCUGUGGGAGCCCUGGAGGGACAGCUCAAGAAGAAAACUGGCAAACUCUUAAAUCUGAGUCCCCAAAACCUGGUAGACUGUGUAUCGGCAAACGAUGGCUGUGGAGGGGGCUACAUGACCAAUGCCUUCCAAUAUGUGCAGAAGAACCGGGGCAUUGACUCUGAAGACGCCUACCCAUAUGUGGGACAGGAUGAAAGUUGUAUGUAUAGCCCAACAGGCAAGGCAGCUAAGUGCAGAGGGUACAGAGAGAUCCCGGAGGGGAAUGAGAAAGCCCUGAAGAGAGCAGUGGCCCGAGUGGGACCCAUCUCUGUAGCCAUUGAUGCAAGCCUGACCUCCUUCCAGUUUUACAGCAAAGGUGUGUAUUAUGAUGAAAACUGCAAUAGUGAUAAUCUGAACCAUGCGGUUUUGGCCGUGGGAUAUGGGAUCCAGAAGGGGAACAAGCACUGGAUAAUUAAAAACAGCUGGGGAGAAAACUGGGGAAACAAAGGCUAUAUCCUCAUGGCUCGGAAUAAGAACAAUGCUUGUGGCAUUGCCAACCUCGCCAGCUUCCCCAAGAUGUGACAUCAGCAAGCCAACUCCAUCCUGCUCUUCCAUUUCUUCCACGAUGGUGUCAUCUACUAAUGUAUUUUGGAGAGGACUUGGUGUGCCUUUCUUGAAACACGUGUAGUGAUACAGAGAUUGUCCAUUCAUUUUCCCCAUUUGUUUAUGCUUCAAGUGACACUCCUACUUUCCUCCUCUCCACCCAAGGCCUUUAUUUUUCAUUGUGGCUGCAGUAGGAAUUUCUUAAGAGGUAGACUAAGAAAUGUGACCAUAACCUGCCCUGUUUUGUUCUGGGACAGAUGCUAUGCAAAUAAUGGUCAGAGGCUGGAGAUUUUCACAUAAGCUAGAUUCUCAUUCAAAGGGACUAGUUAGCUUAAACCACUCUAGACCACUAAGUUGACAUGACUUUUUAGUCCCCAAGUUCACUCUUAUAUCCUCAAGAUAGAAAUUACUGUUUUCCAUCCCCAUUUCAUGAAUCAAUUCAUAAAUCUUUGGAUAAAAGUUUCCAAGAUACAAGAAAUGUGUUUUCUUUCUUCUUUGCAUUUUUAAAGUAAAGCAGUAUUCAUCUCUUGUCCAUAAUUUAAUAAAUGGCUACCUAGUAAACACUCAUUUUGUGCUGGAUACUGUGCUAGGUAUUGGAGAGGAAAGGUAAAUUAAAGCAUAUUCCUUAUACUUCAUGUGUUCUGUUUCUUUGGAAAGACUGUCAUAUAAACAAUUCAUCCUAAUUCAUUUAUUUGUUCAUUCCUUCAGCCAAUAUUUAUCAAGUUCGUACUUUAUACUAAGAACUAUACUAAAUUUCAGGAUAAAUGAAUAUUUAUCUUAAAUAUUUAAUUAAAUUUUAAAAUUAUCUGUAGGGGGACCAGAUUAAAUGAUAUAACUUGGAUCUUAAAAAAUAUCUCAAGGCUUUUUUAGAGGUUCUACAACCUGAACGUUUACUGUCACCAAAAGAGGAAACUGAAACUCUUUAUAAUGGUUUCCAAGCAAUAUUGUUCUAAAAGAACUUGGCUGGCUAAUAAUAAAUUAGCACAGUCAGUUUCACCAUUUCUCAAAAAAUGUUUAUUGAGCACCUAUUACCACUGUUACCACUAUUGUGAACUCUUACUAUUACCAUUAGUAAGAGUCCACAUUUAUUGAAAGCUUACCAUGUGCCAGGCAAUAUUAUAUUUCUUUUCAUUUUAUUUAUUUAUUUUUUCAGGCACUAUUGUAUUUCAUUCUGUGCAAAAAAUAUUCAUUUUUAUGUGUAAAUAUUUAUUAUCAUGGGGUAAGCAAUAAGGCUAGGGGGAUGAAACAAAUGAGUAAGAUGUGGCCCUGACUUCAAGAAUGUUAUAGACUAAUGACAGAAAUAUAAACUAAGAUAACCAAUCACAAUGAAAUAAAUACUAAUUAUGCAAGCUCAAGAAUAAGUAACUAAUUCUUAAUGGGAUUUGAAAGAUCUGAAUGGGCAGACCAGAGUGGGGUGUCAACUGUGAGAGGUAGGGAUAUCAGGCCAAAAGUUCUGAGUGAACAAAGGCCCUGAGAGCUGUGUGUGUGUGUGAAUGGUGAGGGCAAGGGUGGCUUGAGUAUAGGGUGCAAAGGCAUACAUUGCAGAGCUGAGAUGAGGAAAAUAGGUUGGAGGUGAAUUCUGGAGGGACUUCAAUGAGUCCCAUGUCCCAAGAAGUUCAUACUUUAUUUUGUAGACACCCAGGCAUUUAGUAGGCAUCAAGUAUUUUUAAGCAGGAGAGAGACUCAAUCAGAUCUGUAUUUUAGCAAUAUUCCUCUGCCAAUGGUGUAAAGAACAAAUAACAGAUGAAGAACAAAAUGGAGA